AAGAGGGAAGAGAUUUUGUAAAGAGGAGGAAACGUCUGUUGACAGCAGAAAUCCUGUCCAGGCCAGUGGCCCUUUUUAGAUAUUUUUUUGUUUUUUAUCGAGCCUAUUCUGCAUGGCAUUGUGGUAUUUCACCUUUGCAUGAGCUCUCGAGGCAUGGAAUAUGGCAACGACUGACACGCAGCUAAUGUUAAGCGUCGGUUUAAUCGAAAAAGACGUUAAUAAAGACACAUUGUGGGUGUGGUGUUAUCCAUCUGUGGGUUCUGAGCUGAGGAAAGUCCUACUCAGUAAGUGCUGCCUGACGCUGGAUGGCCGGGACUUCCACACCUUUGUGUUUGGUCAGUUCUCUCGUACUUGGUACUACAUCACCACAGUUGAGGUUCAGGAACCAACAGCUCUGAACAAGGUCACUCAUUUUUCAAUAGUUGUAACGGCAAGAGACUUCAACCCUGAGAAGUAUGCUGCGCUUAGCCGAAUACUCUGCAGGAUGUACGUCAAACACGGCAGUCCAGUGAUGAUGAUGGAGGCCUACAUCACCGUCCUCACCAAGGGGAUUUGUCAGAGCGACGAAAACGGUUCCUUCCUCAUUAAGGACUAUGACGUUCGGAAGGCGUACCUGGCCGGUUCCAUCAAAGAUGUGGUGUCUCAGUUUGGCAUGGAGACCAUCAUCCUCUACACGGCCCUGAUGCUGAAGAGGAGGAUCGUUGUCCAUCACCCUCGGGUUGAAGCGCUGUUGGAGUUUACGAGAGUUCUGCCGGCUCUGACGUGGCACAGGAAAGACUGGUCCGUCCUGCACCCGUACGAGCACCUGACCGAUGCUGAGCUGGAGGACCUGAAGAAGUGCCCCGGAUACAUCGCGGGAUUUGUAGAUCCAGAGGUGAGCAACAGAUCGGACUUGUUUGAUGUGUUUGUGAACCUCCCGGAGGGCGUCAUCACAGUGUCCCCGAGUGCCAAAGAGGCCAUGGCCAUGGGGAAGCUGCACAAAGACAUCGGGCAACUUAUCGUCCACUCCGCCGAGGAUCCCGAGAGGUCCGACAGCCAGGUGAUUAAGGACAUUUCUGUCAAGACAAAAGAGGUCCUCACCAACCUGGUGGCUCUGGCCCACGAGUGCGAAGGCUCCAAAAUCACUCUGGAGGCAUUAAAGCAGCGUCAUUUCCCCACAGCCACAGAGAACUUCCUCUUUCAUUUGGCGGCUGCCGAGCAGCUCUUACGGAUAUGAAGGUGCUCUGGGAGCUGCUGGGUGAGGUUACUGCCAGCAGCCUGGGGCCCCGGCUGCUCUGUGUGCUGGGAGGAGUACCGCCCUCUGAAAGGCGCCUACUCACAGAAGCC